CAACGGCCCACCUCUUCCCUCCCGUGUGUAGCCAGCCAGCCAGCCAUCCCGCGUUCACACCUGACCCCUGUGCUCGAGCCGUGGGCCCGCCUUGUCAGCCAGCCGGCUAGAGUGACGCGGUCGCCCGCCGGCGUAGCAGCAGCAGCGGAAGGGGGAGAGGAGGAGAGAUGAUGUGGGGGCUGGCAGCCGCCGUCGUGUCCGCCGCCGCCGUUGCCGCGGCGUCGGGCGCCGAGCUCCUCGCCUGCGACUGCAACGCCCCCGCGCCGCCGGCCGUCGGGCGGUGCGACGGGCUGUCCCUCUCCCGGCACCGCCACGACAACGAGGUCCACGAGGGGUCGACCUCGUCGGCGUCGAGGGACAAGCCUCGCCGCGGCGGCGGCGACAGGUUCGCGCCGCGGUUCGACGGGCUGCGCUUCAUUGAGACGCUCGUCACGGCGCACCGCUGAAAUAGCAAACCGCGAGGCGGGCUGGCAGGCUGGCUAUCUUCGGGUGGUGAUUCCCGCCAUGAUUCGGCGGCGAUUUGUUGGUGGUGGCGCGUAGGCCACUGAGUUUUGUUAGGAAAACAAUUCAGGCUUUCGUUUCCCUUCCCUUUUCUGUCGGUGUUCUGUUCUUCUCCUGGUUACUGUUGAUGAUGACGAUGAUUAUGUUGGUGAGAGAGAGAGAAUUAAGACUGUAAGCGUUAUGUAAAUUUGAGCAAUUACUCUUGAUCUUAUGAUGCAGAAAUCUUGAUCA